GAUGGCGGCGUGUGGAUUGUAGCGGCAGCUUGUUGGAUGAUACCCUGGGAUUUUUAUGAGAAAUUAGACGAAUUCGAGAUGAAAUAGCGGAUUUGGACGCGGUGGGGUCAGAAAAGAGCCGUUAGAUAGAUUAGUGUUUGUUUCCGAAGUGGAAUGAUGAGUUCUAUACACUUGGUGGUGCACCCGUUACCGGGGACCGAGGAGCAGCUCAAUGACAGACUUCGUGAAGUCUCCGAAAAGCUCAACAAAUACAACUGCAACAGUCACCCACAACUCAACCUGCUGGAACAGGCCACGCUGAAGCAGUGUGUGGUGGGACCGAACCACGCCGGCUUCCUGCUCGAGGACGGGCGGAUCUGCCGGAUAAGCUUCGCCGUGCAGCCGGAUCGACUGGAGCUGGGAAAGCCGGACGGGAGCGAUGGUUCAAAGUUGAGCACUGGCUCAGGGACAGGAAGGACCUCCAGGCCAGGUAGGACUAGCGAUCCGCCCUGGUUCCUGUCUGGUUCUGACACCUUGGGCCGACUGGCAGGCAACACCCUUGGGAGCCGCUGGAGUUCGGCGGUCAGUGGAGGAGGCGGAGGCAGCGGGGGUGCCGGCGGCGGAGGCGGAACGGGCGGCGGCAGCAGCGGUGCGGCGGGCGGAGCCGGCGGGGGAGGCGGGGCGUCCUCGGGCCGCUCCAGCGCGGCGGCGCGAGACUCUCGCAGGCAGACGCGCGUGAUCCGGACCGGCAGAGACCGAGGCUCCGGGUUACUGGGGAGCCAACCGCAACCGGUCAUUCCGGCUUCAGUCAUUCCUGAGGAGCUGAUCUCUCAGGCCCAGGUUGUUCUGCAAGGCAAGUCGAGGAGCGUCAUCAUCCGCGAGCUGCAGCGCACCAACCUGGAUGUAAACCUGGCGGUGAACAACCUGCUGAGCCGAGACGACGAGGACGGAGACGACGGCGACGACACGGCCAGCGAGUCCUACCUACCCGGAGAAGACCUGAUGUCGCUGCUGGACGCGGACAUCCACUCGGCGCACCCCAGCGUCAUCAUCGACGCCGACGCCAUGUUCUCCGAGGACAUAAGCUACUUCGGCUACCCGUCGUUCCGCCGCUCCUCCCUGUCCCGCCUCGGCUCCUCACGAGUUCUCCUUCUUCCCCUAGAGCGCGACUCGGAGCUGCUGCGCGAGCGGGAGUCCGUGCUGAGGCUGCGCGAGAGGCGGUGGCUGGACGGGGCCUCCUUCGACGCCGAGCGCGGCUCCACCAGCCGGGACGGGGAGCCCAGCCUGGAUAAGAAGAGCGUCCCUCUGCAGAGCCCCGUCACUUUGGGGGAGGAGCUGCAGUGGUGGCCUGAUAAGGACGGCGGGAGGUUCGUCAGCAUCGGGGCGAUGUACUCGGAACUGGUCGCCGUCAGCUCCAAAGGAGAACUCUACCAGUGGAAGUGGAACGAACCGGAACCGUACAGAAACGCACAAAAUCCUUCCAUCCACCACCCUCGGGUGUCCUUCCUCGGACUAAUCAACGAGAAGAUCACGCACUUGUCUGCCAACAGUAUUCGGGCCACGGUGGCUACAGAGUCCAACAAGGUGGCGACGUGGGUGGACGAGACCCUGAGCUCAGUAGCGUGUAAGCUGGAACACGGAGCCCAGACCUUCCCGGAGCUGCAGGGCGAACGCAUCGUCUCGCUGCACUGCUGCUCUCUGUAUACCUGCGCCCAGCUCGAAACCAGCCUCUACUGGUGGGGCGUCGUGCCUUUCAGUCAACGCAAGAAGAUGCUGGAGAAGGCCAGAGCCAAAAACAAAAAGCCCAAAUCCAGCGCCGGCAUCGCCUCCAUUCCCAACAUUACCGUGGGCACUCAGGUUUGUUUGAGAAACAAUCCGCUGUACCACGCGGGCGCCGUGGCCUUCUCGGUCAGCGCCGGCGUUCCCAAAGUGGGCGUCCUGCUGGAGUCCGUGUGGAACAUGAACGACAGCUGCCGCUUCCAGCUGCGCUCCCCCGAGAGCCUGAAGAGCCUGGAGAAGAACGCCAAGUCUCAGGAGACCAAAACUGAGACCAAGCCCGAAAUGGUCAAAACUGAGAUGGGUCCUCCUCCGUCUCCGGCCUCUACCUGCAGUGAUACCUCCUCCAUCGCCAGCAGUGCCUCUCUGCCAUAUAAGCGGAGGCGCUCCACCCCGGCUCCCAAAGAGGAGGAGAAGGUAAACGAGGAGCAGUGGCCUCUCCGAGAGGUGGUGUUCGUGGAGGAUGUUAAGAACGUUCCAGUAGGGAAGGUGCUAAAAGUGGAUGGUGCGUACGUUGCUGUUAAAUUUCCAGGGACGUCGAGUAGCGUGAGCAGCCAAGGUGCGGCUCCCGCUGACUCCGACCCGUCCUCCCUGCUGCAAGACUGCAGGCUGCUCAGAAUCGAUGAGCUACAGGUUGUUAAAACUGGUGGAACUCCGAAAGUUCCUGACUGUUUUCAGCGCACACCUAAAAAACUCUGUAUACCAGAGAAAGCUGAAAUUCUAGCUGUAAACGUUGACUCCAAAGGAGUCCAUGCUGUUCUAAAAACAGGUAGCUGGGUUCGGUACUGUAUCUUCGACCUGGCCUCCGGCAAAGCCGAGCAGGAGAAUCAUUUUCCCACCAGUAACUUGGCUUUCCUGGGCCAGAGCGAGCGCAACGUGGCCAUCUUCACCGCCGGCCAGGAAUGCCCAAUCAUCCUGCGUGAUGGCAAUGGCACCAUUUACCCCAUGGCCAAAGACUGCAUGGGUGGAAUCCGGGACCCCGACUGGCUGGACCUACCUCCCAUCGCCAGUCUGGGCAUGGGAGUCCAUUCUCUCGCCAACCUUCCCAACAACUCCACUAUCAAAAAGAAAGCUGCUAUCAUUAUCAUGGCUGUAGAGAAGCAGACGCUCAUGCAGCACGUGCUGCGCUGCGAUUACGAGGCGUGUCGCCAGUACCUGGUGGGUCUGGAGCAGGCCGUCCUGCUGGAGCAGAACCCCCACGCCCUCGACGCCCUGCUCGGCCACCGGUGCGACGGCAACCGGAACCUCCUGCACGCCUGCGUCUCCGUCUGCUUCCCCGUCAGCAACAAGGAGACCAAGGAGGAGGAAGAAGCUGAACGCUCGGAGAGGAACACCUUCGCAGAGAGGCUGUCGGCCGUGGAAGCCAUCGCUAACGCCAUUUCGGUGGUGUCCAGCAACAGCUCCGGGAACAGGACCGGCUCGUCUAGCAGUCGCGGUCUCCGUCUCAGAGAGAUGAUGCGGCGAUCGCUCCGAGCCGCCGGACUGGGUCGGCACGAGUCAGGCCCGUCGUCCAGCGACCACCAGGAUCCGGUGUCUCCGCCCAUCGCCCCGCCUAGCUGGGUGCCCGACCCUCCACCCAUGGACCCUGACGGCGACAUUGAUUUCAUCCUGGCCCCCGCGGUCGGCUCGCUCACUACGGCUUCCUCCGGCCCCAGUCAGGGACCCAGCACUUCUACCAUACCUGGCCCGUCGACUGAAACGUCCGUAGUGGAGAGUAAAGACCGGAAGGCCAACGCUCACCUGAUCCUCAAGCUGAUGUGUGACAGUGUGGUCCUGCGUCCCCACCUACGAGAGCUCCUCUCUGCAAAGGAUGCACGAGGCAUGACUCCAUUCAUGCUGGCGGUGAGCGGAAGGGCGUAUCCAGCAGCCAUCACCGCCCUGGAAGCGGCUCAAAAAAUAGCCAAGGGAGAGUCUGGAAUUGGGGAGAAGGAGGACGUGAACUCGGUGUUUAUGGAGAUGAUCUGUCCGGCGGGCACGAACCCGGACGACUCGCCGCUCUACGUGCUCUGCUGUAACGACACCUGCAGCUUCACCUGGACCGGAGCGGAGCACAUUAACCAGGACAUCUUCGAGUGCAGGACGUGCGGUCUGCUGGAGUCUCUGUGCUGCUGUACCGAAUGUGCCAGGGUUUGCCACAAAGGCCACGACUGCAAGUUGAAGAGAACGUCUCCCACCGCGUACUGUGACUGCUGGGAGAAGUGCAAGUGCAAAACGCUGAUUGCCGGGCAGAAAGCAGCACGUCUGGACCUGCUCUACAGGCUGCUGACCACCACCAACCUGGUGACCAGUCCCAACAGCAGAGGCGAGCACAUCCUCCUGUUCCUGGUGCAGACGGUCGCCAGGCAGAGCGUCGAGCACUGCCAGUACCGACCCCCCCGGAUCAGAGAGGACCGCAAUCGUAAAGCCGCUAAUGCAGAAGACUCGGACAUGCCGGAUCACGACCUGGAACCCCCGCGGUUCGCUCAGCUGGCUCUGGAGCGCGUGCUGCAGGACUGGAACGCUCUCAAGUGCAUGAUCAUGUUCGGCUCGCAGGAGAACAAAGAUCCACUGAGUGCCAGUAGCCGUAUCGCUCAUCUCUUACCGGAGGAGCAGAUGUACCUAAACCAGCAGAGCGGCACAAUCCGUCUGGACUGCUUCACUCACUGCCUCAUCGUCAAAUGUGCUCCAGACAUCACUUUCAUUGACACCCUGCUGGGCACGCUGGUGAAGGAACUUCAGAACAAGUACACUCCCGGUCGGCGCGAGGAAGCCAUCUGCGUCACCCGUCGCUUCCUGCGCUCGGUCGCCAGAGUCUUCGUCAUCCUCAGCGUGGAGAUGGCGUCGUCCAAGAAGAAAAAUAACUUCAUCCCUCAGCCGAUAGGGAAGUGCAGGCGUGUGUUCCAGGCUCUCCUGCCCUACGCUGUAGAGGAGCUGUGUAACGUCGCAGAGUCCCUGAUCGUGCCGGUGCGGAUGGGCAUCGCCCGACCUACGGCACCGUUUACCCUGGCCAGUACCAGCAUCGACGCCGUGCAGGGCAGCGAGGAGCUUUUCUCUGUGGAGCCGCUGCCACCACGACCCUCGCCGGAUCAGUCCAGCAAUUCUAGCCAGUCGGCCUCGUCGUACAUCAUCAGGAAUCCUCAGCCGCGACGCAGCAGCCAAUCGCAGGCGGCACGCGGGCGCGACGAAGAGCAGGACGACAUCGUGUCCGCCGACGUCGAGGAGGUUGAGGUGGUGGAGGGCGUCGCGGGUGAGGAAGACCACCAUGAGGACCAGGAGGAGCAGGGCGAGGAGCCCGCCGAAGCCGAGGGACAGCAUGACGAACACGACGAGGACGGAAGCGAUAUGGAGCUCGAUCUGUUAGCUGCCGCCGAGACGGAAAGUGACAGCGAGAGCAACCACAGCAACCAGGACAACGCCAGCGGGCGCCGCAGUGUGGUCACCGCAGCGACCGCAGGAUCUGAAGCAGGUGCGAGCAGCGUUCCCGCCUUCUUCUCCGAGGACGACUCCCAGUCGAACGACUCCAGCGACUCGGACAGCAGCAGCAGUCAGAGCGACGAUGCCGAUCAGGAGACCUACCUCCUGGACGAGCCGCUCGAGCGGACCACGGGCUCGGCUCACGCCAACAACGCCGCCCAGGCGCCGCGCUCCAUGCAGUGGGCGGUGCGAACCACGCCCAGCCAGCGCUCGACUGGAGGAGCGCCUGCAGGCUCCUCGACACCUGCAGCAAGCUCAACAGGCCUGAUCUACAUCGACCCGUCCAACCUGCGCCGCAGCAGCGCCAUCAGCACCAGCGCGGCCGCCGCCGCCGCAGCCCUGGAGGCCAGCAACUCCAGCAGCUACCUGACGUCCGCCAGCAGCCUGGCCCGAGCCUACAGCAUCGUCAUCCGCCAGAUCUCCGACCUCAUGAGCCUCAUUCCCAAAUACAACCACCUGGUUUACUCGCAGUACCCCGCCGCCAUCAAACUCACCUAUCAGGACGCCGUCAACCUGCAGAACUUCGUAGAGGAGAAGCUGGUACCCACCUGGAACUGGAUGGUGUCCAUUAUGGACUCGACGGAGGCGCAGCUGCGCUACGGUUCGGCUCUGUCUUCAGCCGGAGACCCGGGGCACCACAGCCACCCACUGCACGCCUCGCAGAACACCGGGCGCCGGGAGCGCAUGACCGCACGCGAGGAGGCCAGUCUGCGCACCAUCGAGGGCCGCAGGCGCACGGCUACGCUGCUGACCGCUCGCCAGGGCAUGAUGUCGGCGCGCGGCGACUUCCUGAACUACGCCCUCUCCCUGAUGCGUUCCCACAAUGACGAGCACUCGGACGUCCUGCCCGUCCUGGACGUGUGCUCGCUCAAGCACGUGGCCUACGUCUUCCAGGCCCUCAUCUACUGGAUCAAAGCCAUGAACCUGCAGACCACGCUGGACACCACUCAGAUCGACAGGAAGAGGAACCGAGAGCUGUUGGAACUCGGACUGGAUAACGAAGAUUCGGAGCACGAGAACGACGAGGACACCAAUCAGAGCUCGACCCUUCAGGAUAAGGAGGAAGAGUCCAUUUCUGCAGAGACGGGUCAGCACCACCCAUUCUUCCGCCGCUCAGACUCCAUGACCUUCCUGGGCUGCAUCCCGCCGAACCCCUUCGAGGUCCCGGUGGCUGAAGCAAUCCCACUGGCCGACCAGCCUCACCUGCUCCAGCCCAACGCGAGGAAGGAGGACCUGUUUGGACGGCCGAGCCAGGGUCUUUAUUCGACCUCCUACAUGGCCAGCAAAGGUCUCUCCGAUCUCACCGUGGACAUGAACUGCUUACAGAUCCUGCCAACGAAGAUGUCCUAUUCAGCCAAUAUGAAGAACGUCAUGAGUAUGGAGUCCCGGCAGCAUGGUGGAGAGGAGCAGGCGUCGGCGGUACAGGAAAUGGAUGCUUCCAAACCCGGCCCCUCCCCUCACGACCUGGCCGCCCAGUUAAAGAGCAGCCUGCUUGCAGAGAUCGGGCUGACCGAGAGCGAAGGACCACCCCUGCCCACCUUUAUACCUCACUGUAGCUUCAUGGGCAUGGUGAUCUCUCACGACAUGCUCCUGGGCCGAUGGCGCCUCUCUCUCGAGCUCUUCGGCCGGGUCUUCAUGGAGGACGUGGGAGCCGAACCCGGAUCUAUCCUGACCGAGCUGGGCGGUUUCGAAGUGAAGGAGUCCAAGUUCCGUCGGGAGAUGGAGAAGCUGCGUAACCUGCAGUCCCGCGACCUGGCCCUGGAGGUGGACCGCGACCGCGAGCAGCUCAUCCAGCAGACCAUGCGGCAGCUGAACACGCACUUCGGCCGCCGCUGCACCAGCACGCCCAUGGCCGUGCACCGCGUCAAGGUCACCUUCAAGGACGAGCCGGGCGAGGGCAGCGGCGUGGCGCGCAGCUUCUACACGGCCAUCGCCCAGGCCUUCCUGUCCAACGACAAGCUGCCCAACCUGGACUGUGUCCAGAGCGUCAGCAAGGGCAUGCAGGCCAGCCAUCUGAUGCAGCGUUUGAGGAACCGAGACCGUGAGAGGGAGAGGAGGAGUGCAGGACUGAGGGCUGGAUCACGACGUGACCGGGACAGGGACUCUCGGCGGCAGCUGUCCAUCGAUACCAGGCCGUUCCGUCCUGCUUCAGAGGGGAACCCGAGCGACGAGCCCGACCCCCUGCCUGCUCACAGACAGGCUUUAGGAGAGCGCCUGUACCCCCGCGUCCACGCCAUGCAGCCGGCGUUCGCCAGCAAGAUCACGGGGAUGCUGCUGGAACUCUCGCCCGCUCAGCUCCUCCUGCUUUUAGCCAGCGAGGAUUCUCUCCGAGCCCGUGUGGAGGAGGCCAUGGAGCUCCUCAUCACGCACGGAAGGGAAAACGGCGCCGAUAGCAUCCUGGACCUGGGUCUGCUGGACACUCCAGAGAAAGCACAGCAGGAGAACAGGAAACGUCACGGCUCCACCCGCAGCGUGGUGGACAUGGAGCUGGACGACACGGACGACAGCGACGACAACGCUCCUCUAUUUUAUCAGCCCGGCAAGAGGGGUUUCUACUCCCCCCGCGCCGGCAAAAACUCAGAGGCCAGGCUCAACUGCUUCCGUAACAUCGGCAGAAUACUCGGACUGUGUCUCCUGCAGAAUGAACUUUGCCCCAUCACACUGAACAGGCACGUCAUCAAAGUGUUGCUGGGUAGAAAGGUCAACUGGCACGACUUCGCGUUUUUCGACCCGGUGAUGUACGAGAGCCUGCGACAGCUGAUCCGACACUCGCAGACGAGCGAGGCCGAGGCCGUGUUCGCUGCCAUGGACCUGGCCUUCGCCAUCGACCUCUGCAAGGAGGAAGGAUCCGGACAGGUGGAGCUGCUGGCCGGCGGCGUGGGCAUCCCCGUCACCCCUCAGAACGUGUACGAGUACGUGAGGAAGUACGCCGAGCACAGGAUGCUGGUGGUGGCCGAGCAGCCUCUGCACGCGAUGCGGAAGGGGCUGCUGGACGUGCUUCCUAAAAACGCCCUGGAGGACCUCACGGCCGAGGACUUCCGACUGCUGGUGAACGGCUGCGGCGAGGUCAACGUGCAGAUGCUCAUCAGCUUCACCUCCUUCAACGACGAAUCAGGUGAAAAUGCCGAAAAGCUGCUGCAGUUCAAGCGCUGGUUUUGGUCCAUCGUGGAGAAGAUGAGCAUGGCCGAGCGCCAGGAUCUGGUCUAUUUCUGGACGUCGAGCCCGUCUCUGCCCGCCAGCGAGGAAGGAUUCCAGCCGAUGCCCUCCAUCACCAUCCGGCCUCCGGACGAUCAGCACCUCCCCACCGCCAACACGUGCAUCUCCCGCCUGUACGUCCCGCUCUACUCCUCCAAACAGAUCCUCAAGCAGAAGCUCCUGCUCGCCAUCAAGACCAAGAACUUUGGUUUCGUGUAGAGGCGACGGGCGCCGCGUUUACCGCGUGUGUAAUAUUAUUAUUAUUAUUAUUAUUAUUAUUAUUACUAGUUCCAUUUUUGUAGAUUUUUUUUGUGUCUAUACAGUUUUAUGAAAUUUAAAAGAGAGUGCCGUCACAUCCUCGGCGCUAUUGUGUAUUUUUGUUUCGUUUCUGUUCCGUCUGGGUUGGCGAACGAACGCAGACAGACGCCGCUCGGUUCUUAUUUCGUUUGUAUUUCGUUUCGUUCAUCCCAGUAAGCGUACAUUCCUGCUUUGGCUCCGUAUUGGCUCGAACCGUAACCUCCCGGCAAAAUCAGGCCCGACAGCGAACUGUCCGCCAAACUCCAGCCAAAGACGACAGCAGAUGUAUUUAAAGGAAAAGAAAUAUUUCACUGUGAUUGAGUUCGUUUCUCUCUCCCCCGUCACCCCCCACACACACUCACUCACGCCCCCUGAGACAUCACCUGGAAGAUGAACGCUGACCGAGAGUUCGCUGCUGCCUUUGUGGAACGUUAGUUUUUUCUUGUACAGGGGGGGUAGGGAAUUUCAAAAUAAACUUGGAUGCAAACCCUU